AGAGUGCCUCCGGGGAGGCGCACACGGGAGUGACAGGGAAAACGUGCCGUCUCCUGCCGCCACCGGUCUCGAGCUGCGAUGGAGGGCGCCGGGGAAGGGGAGCAUGUGCUGAGGGGUCAAGACGAUGAGGCAGUUGUUGACUAUGGGAAGACCAGCUGCACAAGCAACACAAACUUUGAAAAAGAAGAAUUAGAAAGCCACCGGGCCGUGUAUGUGGGAGUCCAUGUUCCGCUGGGUAAAGAAAGCCGGCACAAGCACCGCCACCGAGGUCACAAGCACCACCGCAAGAGGAAAGAGCUGCAAGACGACCACGAGGACGGCAGAGAGUCUCUCACACAGGACACCCCCUCUCAGCGGGUGCAGUUCAUCCUAGGCACGGAGGAUGAUGAUGAAGAGCAUGUCCCCCAUGAGCUCUUCACUGAGCUGGACGAGCUGUCGUUUCGCGACGGCCGGGAGUACGAGUGGAAGGAGACCGCCAGGUGGCUGAAAUUCGAGGAGGACGUGGAGGACGGCGGAGAGCGCUGGAGUAAGCCCUACGUGGCCACGCUGUCCCUGCACAGCCUGUUCGAGCUCCGCAGCUGCAUCCUCAACGGCACCGUGCUGCUGGAUAUGAGGGCCAACACCAUUGAGGACAUAGCAGACAUGAUCAUGGACAGCAUGGUGGCGUCCAAACAGCUGGAUGAGUCCCUGCGGGAGCAGGUGCGUGAGGCCAUCCUGAAGAAGCACCACCACCAGAACGAGAAGAAGCUGAGCAAUCGCAUCCCACUCGUACGCUCGCUCGCCGACAUGGGCAAGAAGCACUCAGACCCACACCUGCUGGACAAGAACGGGGAAGGUCUGUCCUCUUCCCGCCUCUCCCUCCUGAAACCGGGCUCCUCCACCUCCAGCCUGUUCCAGAGGCGUGAGUCACGGGUCUCCGUCCUCCUCAACCACCUCCUGCCGAGCACCUCCCCCUUCCCUUCGCCCUUCGCCACUCCCCAAAACACACCGCCCAGCGCCCGCCGCUCCCCGCCCUUGGCCCCGCCCCCAUCCCAGAAGCCUGCACCCCAGCUGCUGGUGUCCUGCGCCCAGGGGGAGGGCAUCCCCGAGGUGGUGGUGUUCCCGCCGGAGGAGGACGAGUCUCCACCCCCCGGCCGGCCUGCAGAAGAGGAGGCAGGCCUCGCCUGCUCAUCGCUGCCGCUGCCACCAGAAGGGCUGGUGGUCUCCCCACAGUGUGCCGCCGGUAACCUGGACAACAGCAAGGCCGGCGACAGCAAGAUGAAUAGGGGGGUCAGUCGAGAGAACAGCACUGUGGACUUCAGCAAGGUGGACAUGAACUUCAUGAGGAAGAUCCCUCCAGGGGCUGAAGCCUCCAAUGUGCUGGUGGGCGAGGUGGACUUCUUGGAACGGCCUAUAAUUGCUUUUGUGCGGCUGUCCCCUGCUGUCCUUUUGACAGGUCUGACUGAAGUGCCUGUGCCCACCAGGUUUUUGUUUUUGAUGUUGGGUCCUAAUGGCAAAGGUGCUCAGUACCAUGAGAUUGGGAGGUCUAUGGCAACACUGAUGACGGAUGAGAUAUUUCACGAUGUUGCAUACAAGGCAAAGGACCGCACUGAUCUCCUGGCAGGAAUAGAUGAGUUUCUGGACCAGGUGACUGUGCUACCACCCGGUGAAUGGGACCCUACGAUAAGAAUCGAGCCACCGAAGAAUGUACCCUCUCAGAUGAAGAGAAAAAGGCCGACUCUGUCCAACGGCUCGGCUGCACCCUCCGAGACAAUGAAGGAAGAGGAGCACCAGGCUGGGCCUGAACUGCAGAGGACAGGACGGAUCUUUGGUGGUUUGAUCAUGGAUGUGAAGCGGAAGGUCCCGUACUACUGGAGUGACAUCCGUGAUGCCCUGAGUCUGCAGUGCCUGGCCUCCAUCCUCUUCCUCUACUGUGCCUGCAUGUCCCCCGUCAUCACAUUCGGAGGACUGCUGGGCGAGGCCACCAAGGGCAACAUUAGUGCCAUUGAAUCGCUGUUUGGAGCAUCGCUCACGGGUGUGGCCUUCUCGCUGUUUGCUGGGCAGCCGCUCACCAUCCUUGGCAGCACGGGGCCUGUCCUGGUCUUUGAGAAGAUCCUCUUCAAAUUUUGCAAGGACUACGGCCUGACGUACCUGUCUCUGCGCACGUGCAUCGGCCUGUGGACGGCCUUCCUGUGCCUGCUGCUGGUCGCCACAGACGCCAGCUCCCUAGUCUGCUACAUCACGCGCUUCACAGAGGAAGCCUUCGCCGCCCUCAUCUGCAUCAUCUUCAUCUACGAGGCCCUGGAGAAGCUCUUUCACCUGGGAGAGCUAUUCCCCAUCAACACGGACAACAACCUGGACAAUCUCACCUUCUACACGUGUCAGUGUUCUCCACCUGCCAACGUCUCAGAACACACCCUGAAAUUCUGGAACCAGACCGGCAUCACACCUGAGUCCUUCUCCUGGAGUGAACUCAAUGUGUCUAUGUGUCAGCACUUCCAUGGGGAGUUUACAGGCCAGGCCUGCGGACACCACGGCCCAUUCAUCCCGGACGUCCUAUUCUGGUCCAUCAUCCUCUUCUUCACCACAUUCUUCCUCUCCUCCUUCCUCAAGCAGUUCAAGACUGAGCGCUACUUCCCAACAAAGGUGCGCUCCACCAUCAGUGACUUUGCUGUGUUUCUUACAAUAAUGAUCAUGGUACUGGUGGACUACCUGGUGGGGGUCCCCUCUCCUAAGCUGCAUGUUCCUGACCGCUUUGAGCCCACCUCUAAGCACCGGGGCUGGCUGAUUGAUCCGCUGGGAGACAACCCCUGGUGGACGGUCCUGGCAGCCUUCAUCCCUGCGUUGCUGUGUACCAUCCUCAUCUUCAUGGACCAGCAGAUCACUGCCGUCAUCAUCAACCGCAAAGAGCACAAACUGAAGAAAGGCUGUGGCUACCACCUGGACCUGCUGGUGGUGUCUCUGAUGCUGGGUGUGUGCUCCAUCAUGGGCCUGCCCUGGUUCGUGGCGGCCACCGUCCUCUCCAUUUCCCACGUCAACAGCCUGAAGCUGGAGUCGGCCUGCUCCGCCCCAGGCGAGCAGCCAAAGUUCCUGGGCAUCCGGGAGCAGAGAGUAACCGGCUUCAUGAUCUUCCUCCUCAUGGGCAUGUCCGUCUUCAUGACCUCCGCGCUGAAGUUUAUUCCCAUGCCAGUUUUAUAUGGUGUCUUUCUUUACAUGGGAGUGUCUUCUCUGAAAGGCAUUCAGUUCUUUGAUCGUAUCAAGCUGUUCGGCAUGCCAGCUAAGCACCAGCCAGACCUGAUCUACCUGCGCUAUGUCCCCUUGUGGAAAGUGCACAUCUUCACGCUGAUCCAGUUCUCCUGCCUGGUGCUGCUCUGGGUCAUCAAGGCCUCUGCGGCUGCUGUCGUCUUUCCCAUGAUGGUGUUAGCUCUGGUCUUCAUCCGUAAGCUGCUGGACUUUGGCUUCACCAAGCGGGAGCUGAGCUGGCUGGAUGAUAUUAUUCCCGAGAGCAAGAAGAAGAAGGAGGAUGAUAAGAAGAAGAAAGAGAAGGAAGCUCAGCGCAUGCUGGAAGAGGAUAAGGAGGUGACGAUUCCCUAUGACAGCAACAAUCCGAUAAGGAUUGACAGGCUCACAGUCAGAUCUGACCUCCCUGUUAUAAGCAUUACUGAUGAGGUAACAGAAAUUACAGAUUGCACAACUGGUGCUAUGGAUUCUGACAGUGACACAAUUCUCAGACACAAUGCAAGCCAGGAGAAGAUGGCAUGUGUGAGGAUCACCGUAGAGGAGGAGCAGAGAGAGGACAGUUUGGAUGUAGAGACGUCACUGUGAGGGUUUCACACGGGAGCACCCGCCGCCCCCUCCUCUGUUCACCGGGGGUGAGGCGCUACCUCCUGCCCCACAGCCUGAGAAUGACAGGCCCACAGUUCAGGGGUCAGAGGUCGAAGCCGUCGCUGUCGAUCAAGACCCUCAGAGUCCAGCAGGCUCCAUUCUGUGUUGCUCUGGCUUAGCCAGCUCCACUGCUGCCAUAGGAGAUGGCCAUGUUGUCGCGGUUCAAGAGCAUUCGUGUUUGCUUGAAUUGACACUUUUUCUUGGUUCUCAGAAAUAAAAGUUUUCAGAGAAAUUGGUUUUCUCUGUUCUCAGAUGCACUCAUACGCAUCUGAAAUAUUUCCUUUACUAAACAGUAAAUGGCUCAAAAUGUCAAGAUGGGCCAUCUGUUUGUUCAGCUGCAUUUUAUCACAUAUUUCCCCCAUUUUAUACUGAAAAAACAGACAGAAAGAAACAACUCACAGCUGACCUGAGGCAGCAUUCAUAUGCUGCUACUGUACAGAUGCUAUUAUACAACAAUGUCUAUAUGAAAUUGAAACAUUUGCUUAAAUGUGCAAAUUUUAUUGAUUACAGUCAGGUCUUUAUUUUACCUUUAUCUUUCACAUUAUAUGGUGGUAUGAAUAGUUGAUAAAGGAAGAGUAAUCUGUCAAGAAAUAGUUUUCUAUUAACUGACAAGCAAAGCAAUAGGUCUGCAGUUGUGAUUCUGCUCCCACCCAGACACAUAAUGUUUCAAUGUUUGUAUGUGUAGUUGGAUGUUUUUCUGUCAGUUAAGAUUCAAAUAAUCCUAGGAUUUAUUUAGAAGUUUACUAACUGAAACUGUAGUAGUAGCCAGACUUUGACUGCUAUCCAUUCUUAGCAGUCAGCACAUUGAAGCAUUGUUAAUUUGCUGUUGAUGAGUUUUUACCAGUUCAUGAAGUUUAUAUGUGAUAUAAUAUUGGCUGUUAUUGGAGACAUAUUUUGUACCGUUGAUUUUUCGGGGUGAUUGGAACCCCUUGGUUUUGUUAUUUUUUGGAUGUUUUUUCUCCCUCGUGUAUGGGCCAGGUUUGUUUGGAUGGCCAAACUCUUGCCCUGGGUAAAAUAUAGUGUAGAUGAUGGCACUAUAGUGCACAUGGAUUUUUACAUUCACUAGCCCAACCCUCAUGUCCUAUUUUACUAUGAAUUGCAAAAUAUGCUGCAUAGGUCCCUCUUCUCACGAGGAACAUAUUUUGCUCAAGGGCCCAUAACAUCUGCCGCAUAUACUUUUCACUCCAUUUCAAACUUUCUGAAAAACACUGCUCCUCCAUUGCUACCCCUAUAAAGCCUGCCUGAUUUGAACAACAUUUGCUUUGCUGCAUCUGUGGUUUUGUCAAAGGCCACAGUUACGAUCCAAACAACUUGUAGGUCAUGGCUUUUCAAAUAAAUACUUAUGAAUUUAAGUAGCUUGAUGAAAUGCAAUGCAACUUGGCAAGCACAAUCACAUACUUGACAUAACCUCACAAAAGGAAAAUUGGUGUAACUGGUCCAAUAGGUGGCAUUACACCCAGUGAGCACUUUAUUAGGUAUUUAUUAGACUUCUUUUAUAGACUUCUUUUUAUUAGACUUCUGCUGCUGUAGCCUAUCCACUUAAAGGUUUGACGCAUUGUAUGUUCAGCGAUUCUCUUCUGCAUACCACUGUUGUUUUGUGUGGUUAUUUGCAUAACUGUCACCUUCCUCUCAGCUUUGACCAGUCUGGUCCUUCUUUGACCUCUCUCAUUACAAUGCAUUUCUGCCCGCAGAACUGCUGCCCAUGUUAUUUUUUUACACCAUUCACUGCAAACUCUAGAGACUGUUGUGUGUGAAAAUCCCAGGAGAUAAGCAUUUUCUGAGAUAUUCAAACAAUCCUGUCUGCCACCAACAAUCAUUCCACAGUCAAAGUCACUUGGAUCACAUUUCUUCCCCAUUCUGACAUUUGGUCUGGAAAACAGCUGAACCUCUUGACCAUGUCUACAUGCUUUUAUGCAUUUAGUUGCUGCCACAUGAUUGGCUGUUUAAAUAUUUGCAUUAACAAGUUAGUGUAGAGGUCUACCUAAUAAAGUGCUCAGUGAGUGUAGAGGGCUCUUAAUAUUUUAAAAGAAGAUCAAUGUUUUGCCAUAGUGACUACAAAUGUACAAGACGACUGGCCCCAGUAAUUAUCUACAAAUAAGAGUGAUUCCAGGGUGCAAGCCACCAGGGAUUUGCCACCAUCUUGAAUUGUGUUGGAACUGCAUAAAAUGUUACUCGUCCCACAAAUUUUGACCAAUUUCCAUCAAGUUUGACUUUGGUAUUGAUUCUGUCAAAAGAUGGACACAUAGCAAGCCAGAGAACUUCUCAUAAAUGCUCAUAAAUACAAAAAACAUUUGUUAAAUGUCAUGCAAGAUGCUUAAUCAGGCAGCUAAAGAGCUGCCUUGGUGGCACUAUAGAGCUCCAGGCAGAUAUUCAGUAAACAUUACUGCUGCACUAUAAUAGUCUCAAGCUGAUGCAGUGAUCCAUCCACUCAGUAGGAACAGAUGGAGACCGGUGCUUAAACCCCGGAUACUGCUCCUUGCAGCUAUAUUUUGAAUAUUGUUUUUGCAUGACUUUUUAAAUUAAUUUUGAAGGAUAACUUUGUUAUGUACUAAAAAGCCAUGCAGUUGAGGAGGACGAUGACAUAUAUGAAGGCUCAGCUCACUUCAGAUAAUCUUUGUGUCUGUGAGACAGAGAAUGUAUACUUUAUUUUUGUCUUUUAGAGCCAGAUCUGGCACCUGACCCAAUAAAGGGUUACUUUACUGUACAAUCAGAUAAUAUACUGCUAUAUACUGCUGUGUACCUAAUUUAAUAUACUCAAGAACCACCUCAGGAAUUAAUAUGCUAUUUAGCAGCUUCAAGAUCGUCUAGAGCCCACACUGUCUGUUUUAUUCUUAUUGAUCCUCAUCCUCAUUACAGCAUGCUUUUGUUCCACAAUUAUUAUAUAACCUCCUCAGACCUGGCAGGAAAAGUAUUUAAACUUUUUUUUACAUAAUGCAAAUGUCUUGGAUGAGAAAAACAUGUUGCAGUCAAGAAAUAUUUUCUAAAAUAUAAUUUAUUUUAUUUUUAUGUAAUGUCCCUUGUAGUGUAGGUUUCAGCAUGGUAGAAUAAUAAUUAUUGGGAUAAAGACCAGUGACUCUGUUCGCCUACAGGGGACAUCGAUGAACUGCUGGGUCUGAGGAGGAAAGUGCAUCUUCCAAACCAGAUACAUACUUUUAACAGGAUUCUUUAUUCUGUUGAAAUAGCUAUUAAUCAUAAUUUUUUCAAUUCUGGAAUUUUCAUUGUUAAUGUGGCUUUAAGAGUUGUUUGCACAGAAUACAUGAUUUUCAAGCUGACAUUUUUUCCCAAAAAAUAUUUUCAAGAAUUAAAAUGUGAACAAUCUAUGUUUUGAAUGUUUAUCAUUUUACACAUCAUCCCCUUAUUUGCACAGAUUUGAGCAAUAAUUUGACAUAGUGUCAGAAACUGUAUGCUGCAUUUGUAACUAGAAUUCAUAUCUAUUUUAUUGGUCCAGAAUUCAUCCAUUAGGCUGUGAGUGUGCUGAACCUGGACCAAUCCUUUCCUGUCACUGCCUCUGACCAUGAAUGCACCACUGAAUAAAUAGUAUUGUCCUUGUGCUUAGUGAAUGCUUCUAAAAAGGCACCUAAAGUGAUCCAAUGAGGACUGGAUAUCAGGGAAACUUUUGGUUGGGUAUACUGAGCAUGUAUAAAGCUGUUUUGUUGGGGGCAUCUAUAUGGUGGUUUUAGUACAUCCAACUAAAAGUGUUCCCUGGCACUAUAAAUAUUAACUUAUGGCACAUAUAAUUCAAAUAAUACAUUCCCCCAUCCACCCACACACACACACACACACACACACACACACACAUAUACAUAUAAAUGCAUACAUAACUUGCUAUAACAUUCCUCAAGAAUGGACCAUCUAAACUGAACCUUUUUCCAAUGUCUCUCUAGCCUAAAACUGCAAGUACUGAACUGAGUGCUCCAGCACACCCAACCACAUAGAGCAGGGAUCUGCUGGUUUCAGUGCUCACUGGUUUUAGCACUUACAUGCUUUAUGAAGUCACUGAAAUCAGCUGAAGAGUUUAUGCACCACGUUUACAAGGCUUAAAUUGACUACUGAUUGAACGGAGGCUACAAAAACCUGUAAACAUUGUAGCACUUGUCUACAAUGGGAGUUCAAGAUUCCUGAAAUGAAAGGGAAAUAAUACAUUGGCUUUAAUCCGGGUUGAAAUCUUACAGAUUUUCAUUGCAUUGUUUUAAAUGUAUGCCCAAACUGCAUUUCCAUGAAGCAGGAAUGUUUCACUGCCAUAAUGUGAUACUGUAUGCUUCACUGGUUACAAGAGAAGCCCAUCUAACUAUAUAUCCAGAAAUUACUUCAGAAGUAUCUUUUUGAGCUGACUGUCUUUGUCUAUGAAAAGGGGUCUUGUAUGCAUUUUUUUAUCAUGACAGUUGUUGCCAAGCUUUCUUUUUACAUUUCAGGAGAAAUAUCACUGUUAAGACGUUAAUUUAGUUGCCUUUGUAGGAAAGAUUUUGUCUGUUUGAUUAGCUUACCAAGGGGGAAAUAUGUCAGUUUGGUCAUUUUUGCUCUUUCCGUGUUGUGCUUGUAGUGUCUUAAUUGUGGUGCAACAGGUCACAGAACACAGCACAGUUGCUGGAGUAUUAUAUCCAUUAAUGUAAGUGCAAUGUAAUGUGCUGUAGAUGUACUGUACCAAGUGUGUCCCUGUCUUUGAUCUGUCUUUGAUAUGAGGUUGUUCUUUAAAGCCAUGUUUUAGAGUCACCUCACAGCUGCUGUCAGUCAUGUUCUUGUGAAUGAAAAGUCCCUUUCUCCAUUGACUAUUCACUAAAUAUUAGAAAUGAGAGAAUAAAAUAUUUUUUUGUAACUGAAAAAUGUAAUUGUUGAAGCAGAGCAAUAAAAGUUAUGAAAUGCC